GCAUGUGCAUGUGACCAUGAAGCCUUCUUGUAGGGCCAUUAGGAUACAUGGUUCUCCAGAGGCAGCCGUUCAACAUCUGGCUUGUCAGAGAGCUGCUUGGUCUCCAGCAAGAGCACGUUCUGUCGGUUUCAGCUGCAUGGGGACGCUGUCCUUGCAAUCGUUAGGCCACUGCUCACCUCGUGCUUCUGGAGGUUCGUCGCCCACUGACGGACUGUGGAUCCUUGGCACAGGGAAACGUAUUAGUGCCAAGGUUUUGCAACAGACCGUGACCGUGGUGUCCUCUAUGGAACUUAGUUUUUCUGGCGAUAAGUCGUUGCCGAUCCGGCGACGGCGAGUGGAAAGUUGCAAGGACAAGAAGACUGCAGUAGCGGUGUCAAUGUUCUCCUCUAGGGAACUUGGUAGUUUUUGUAACGAGAAGUGGUGUCAAGGUGUUCUUACGGCAGAGUGCCUGUCCUCCCCUUCGUCAGCGGUUCACCGUAGGUGCUUGUCUUCAUCGUCGCCGGCUCACCGUAGGCAGGAAGAGGAUAGCAAAUGCUACUCGCUGAAGGAGGGAGAGCGGGAGCUUCAGCAGCAUGCAGAGGUAGGCGGGGGACCUCCUCCUCCUCCUCCUUCUUCUUCUGCUUCUUCUGCUUCUUCUUCUUCUUCUUCUUCUUCUUCUGCUGCUGCUGCUGCUGCUGCUGCUGCUGCUGCUGCUGCCGCAGUAGAUGUGCGCAAUUUGUGUGUGUUUGUGGAGGGCCCUAGGGGAAGGGUUCAAAUCCUGAAGGGAUGCUCGCUUCAGGUUCCUGAGGGAGCAUUGUUCAUGCUGCUAGGUCCUAAUGGAUGUGGCAAGUCCACUCUGCUGCGGACUCUUGCUGGUCUUCUUAAGAUCGACAGCAGCAGUGGGGAUCUUGCUUCUUCCAUGGCUGUUGCCCAUCCUAGGAGCUUCGUCUUCCAGAACCCGGACCAUCAAGUGGUGAUGCCAACUGUCGGUGCUGACGUGGCAUUUGGUCUGGGAACUAUGGCGGCGGCGAUGCCGGAAGAGGAGGUGAGGAGUCGGGUGCUUGGCGCGCUGCAGCUCGUGGGCAUGCAGGACUUCAUCCAACGCCCUAUUCAGACGCUGAGUGGAGGGCAGAAACAGCGUGUAGCGAUAGCAGGAGCGCUUGCUGAAAACAGCAAGCUGCUCCUGCUCGAUGAGCUGACAACCUACCUAGACUACUCGGACCAAAUGAGUGUCCUGAGAGCUGUCAAGGGGGUGCUUGGGAGAAGGAGGGGUGUGACUGCAAUUUGGGUAACCCAUCGGCUAGAGGAACUAGACUUCGCAGACGGUGCGGCGUACAUGGAGGAGGGUCGUAUCGUCGUCUCUGGUAGCGCAGCUGAAGUCCGGGACCACAUCGAAAAGCUAAGGGAUAGAGAGAUGUCGUCUGUCAAUUCAGGCUCCUUGUUUUAGCAGUCUAUGAUUCCCUCGAUUGCUUGCCUACUUUCUAUUUUUCAGAAAGCACUUGUUUGGGCCUGUCCCUCCUAUAUUCGUUGUUCCUUUCCAGUUUGAAAAUUGCGUUGCAGCUCAGGGCAGAGUACUCACAUUAAACCUUCUUCUGUCAUGCACCACACCUGGUCAUUCUGGCUGGAUGUAUUUAGUGCAGCGUUCCGGCCAGGUACAGACACAGCAACCGGGCACCGUGUUCAGGGAAACAAAGAUGUGAAUGCGGCUCUCAGUCAGAACGCCCUGCAAUUUUGGAUUGAAUCAUCAUCUUACUACAACAAACAAAAUUCCUAAAAACUA